AGCUGCUGUAAACACAGAGAAACUGUGUUGUUCAAGAUACGACUACAGUGUUCAAGAUGAAUAAUUCGGAAGAAAUAUUCGCAUCACUGUACCUGAAUGCAGUGGAAGAAGGCGCAGAGGACGCUGUUCAAUAUGCUCUCCAAAAUAGCCAUCUUUUUGACAAAAAUUGUGUGGAUUAUAAAGGCCGAUCAGCGCUUAUAUUGGCAAUUGAUAAUGAGAACAUAGAUAUGUUACAUUUGCUAAUCCAGAAUGACGUCAUAAUAGAUGAAGCCUUCCUUCACGCCAUAGAUGAGGGUCAGUAUGCAGCCGUUGAGGUAUUCUGUAAGCGCGCCCUCUACCUACGGGCACGUGGUAUUGAUAUCCUCAACUGUGGUGCGGACAGUUCGUUGUCGUCAUGUGACGUCACACCUAUUGUAAAGGCAGCGCAGUGUAACGAACUGCACAUCAUCAAGCUUCUUCUUGAUUACGGAGCUGUAAUGCCAGACCCGGCAGUGGUAUCCCCAAGAUCAGAGCCAAGUUCAUUACAAUCAUCAUUAACGCGAUUGCAUAUCUACCAAGCACUGUCCAGCGAGGCCUACAUUUCACUGACUUCAGUUGACCCUAUCGGUGAUGCUUUUGUUUUAAGUGUGACAUUACGAAAGUUGAGUAAAGAAGAAUACGAGUUUUCACAGGAGUACGAAGAGAUGUCUAUCAGAUGUGAACAGUUUGCUGCUGAUUUGCUGGCACAGACACGUGACCAACGUGAAAUUAGAAGCGUAUUGGAGUACGAUUCUAAACUAGAUGCAGAAAGUGUGUACGAUGAGUCUGUACAACGUGUCACCGAGGCAGUUAAUUACCGACAGAAGAAGUUUAUAGCACAGGCACAUUGCCAGCAGUAUCUGAUUGGUCAAUAUUAUAAGCAGCUGAAGAACAAGGUGGAUACAAGUACAUUCGUCAUGCUUUUGACGUCAUUUCUCAUCUCAAUUAGCUAUCCUGUACUAUCAAUCAUAUACCUUUUCUGGCCAAAAGGAAAGUUUGCUGAUUUUAUACGUAUUCCAUAUAUCAAGUUCUUGAUGCACGCCAUGUCUUACCUAACCUUCCUAGUGCUGUUGUUUAUGACCUCCACGGAAGAAAACAAUGCAUCAGCCGAAUGCAGUGCGCUAUACACAGAGAGAAAAGAUGUUUUGAAGUGUCUGAAAGUAGCUGAGCUUGCGCAGCAACAAAGAGGACCACCGCCCUCUAUACUUGAAUUGAUAAUAGUUUUAUGGAUUGUAGGCAUGACAUGGAGAGAGAUUAAGGAACUCUGGAGUGGUGGCGUCGCUGCAUAUUUACGUGAUCCUUAUAAUUUCAUAGAUUGGAGUCAGUUGGCAUUAUAUUGGGCUGUUAUAGCACUGCGGAUUGUCGCAUAUCUACACGUAUAUGAUUAUAUACCGAACUUUGCUACUGCUGAUGGAAGCAUAAUUUCAGUGAGUAAACGGCAGACGACAGAUGAUUUUGUCAGAAAACAACACAAUGGAACCCGUGUCUUCACAGAAGAACAGAUCACAUCUGUUGCCAACGAUAUUAUUGGGACUCUGUCUUCGGAAAUGCAGAUAUCGCACGAAAGACUUGGAGAAUCUAUUACAGAAUUAAGCAUUGUCUUAGGGCAAAUCCUUGGUUUGGAGGCGAUAUCCAAUGGCACGACGAAACAGGACGAUUCCGUCGGGUUUGAUGACGAUACUUGGUGGCAGGACGAUUCCUACUUUCAAGAAUUCCAAGAUGAUCUAUCCUAUAUUAUCCCACGUUCUCAGUGGAAUCAGUGGGACCCAACUCUAAUUGCUGAAUGUAUUUUUGCAGUUGCUAAUGUUCUCAGCGUUCUGCGCAUCCUCAGACUUACCGUUAUCAGUCAAAAGAUAGGACCCAUGCAAAUCACACUUCAGAAGAUUGUUUUGGAUAUCUUUAAAUUUUUGUUUAUAUUUUUUUGUGCUUGGACGGCUUUUUCUCUUGGUUUGACACAGAUAUAUUGGUCGUACAAUGCCGAGGCAGAAGUACAAUGUUAUCAAACACCAAAUGCGACAGACUGUGACAAACAGCCAUUUAGCAGGUAA